AUGACCAUGAGUCCGCUCGUAGGCUGCGGAACUCUUGCUGGACUGGCUGUUGGUCAAGCCCUAUUCAUGGCAGAGUGGGAUGCACCUCCAGAGUCGUACGGCCCUACCGAACCGCGCCUGAAGCCAGCCACCGUCUGGAGAGCUCCUGGUUGGUUGAGCAGACUAUUGGCUGAGCCAGGAGCCGAGAAUAGGACUGGUACAGUCAAAUCUGUCUAUGGACAAGUCGUCACGCCGGCUGGGAGGGGUCUUAAUGACACUGGGAAGGGUGCCAAUACUCCAAGCUAUAAUUGGGGAAAAGGCCAAAAACUAGG